AUGGGCUAGAUGAGUACGGACGGGCGGCUUGUGUGACAGGAAUUUUUCGACAUUAUCUGAAACCUUAGAAAGCUUUUAUCUCUUAUUCUCUCUCUAAUUUAAGAUUUUGAUCUUCUACGAUGUUGCGUUUAAGGGUUAGCGGUUCUGAGUUGAAUACUGUUAUGAAGGCUGUUCGGCCUAUUCUGGAAGAUGGUAAUCAUGUUUUGGUUUUCUCCGCCAGUGGGGUUCUCAUGAAUGGCGCAGAUAGCGCAGAAGUAAUCGUUGUGAAUGCUGACAUCAAAGCUUGGAUAGAAAUCAAAUCGGACACCGGUUACAAUGACCGUAAGAUUACCAUGCGGUUGGAUCUGAAUCGCAUGGAUGCAAUUUGCGGUGCCUGUGCAGGUUGCGUCAUCUGCAUCGAGAUCGACCAAGAAAAGAAGACCAUCUCUUUCAAGAAAGAUUUAGACGCGCCGCCGUUUACCCUGACCUAUCUUGAACUCCCUGACCUCAUGGCGCCACCACCACUCCUACAAGUUGCGGAAGAGGAUUAUCAUGCCACUGUGAAACUCCCCUCACUUCUGUUCACUAGAAUUAUUGGAGAGCUUUGCUACACUGAUGAGCGUGGUAACACCGCUCUUUAUGUAGAUGCUAGAAUGGGACCUAUAUCAGUUCCUGAUCCUGAAGCUAGCCGCUUAGAGGAUGAUGAAAUUGUGAUAUCUGUGACAGAUAAAGGCAUUAAGUUCUCUAUUCGAGGUUAUUCUGUAUUUCUUAAGCGGAACAGCGCAAUGUCCUUCAGGUUCCAGCAUCCAGUGUCCUUAAAAUUUGAAGCUGUCCUUCUGGAGCUGUUAAUAGAUGCUAGUCUUUGGUCUGAGUCAGUAACCAUGUGGUUCUAUCCGGACUCUCCUCUUCGGUUUCAGUUCAACAUUGUAAAUGGGCAGAGGUACAGUAGGUCUGGUACAAGAGAUCCGCAGGUGAAAGAGCAUGUCAUAUGUUUCGAUGUGGAAGAAAUAAGAGAUUCUGGUAAAUGUUAGAACAUUAUUUAUAUGAAAGAUGCUUAAGAGGCGGCCUUUCUCUUUGUGGUCAGUAAAAUAUUUUAAUCAUCUGUACAAUUACAGGAUCGAUUAAAAGUUUCUGUAUGAAAAGAAUUUGGUAACUAGUAUUGUCUAUUGAUGAUUUGUAUGAUGAAUUGGAAUAGUUAUUGUCCUUGAAUACAUCCUUUAAAAUUGAUGUUGAGGUGUAAGAGUAGUUGUAAAAACCGGAUCCGGAAGUGGCCCGGAGAGACAA